UGAUGUCCCACCGAGCCACUACAGUCAGUAGCAUGGACUUGUUGAAGGCGGCGAGAUGAAAAUGCCCUGAUCUGUCCAGAGUCGUCACUCGGAGGCUUUGCAGGACACCUGUGCAGUGUGCGGGCUGAAGAGUAGGAGAAUAUCACUCCUCCUUUCCACCACCGAGCUGCUUUCCCAGCAAACUUGCAGCAUCACAACAGCACCCAGGCCGUGUCGUCCGGCCCGAAUUCCUUUUCGUUUCCCCCGUGUGCGGACUGCGAAUCCCUGCCCAAGCCGGUCUUGGGGGGCUGGCCAGUUUGUCCGCAAAAAUGGCCACAGUUGGUCGCUAUCUGCAGUCGCUAACAAUGCUUUCUGCCUUGCCCGCGUUGGCGUUCGUAUUGCUGCUGGGAGCGGCGGAUGCGCAAGAGUGCCGCGUGUCGCUGGAAAGCAAUCCGGUCGACCAGCUGCGGGUGGCCAUCUUCACGUGCCGUUGCCAGGGCAUCAUCCAGGACUAUGUGUGGCGGCGCAUCGGCGGAGCUCAGCUGGUGUCAGGGCGACACCUCAGCGUAGUGGACGGCUCUGGCCAUGGUCUACUCUACCUCUACAGGGUUCAACAAUCCGAUGCGGGCACGUACGAGUGCCAGGGAAGAUCCAACGUCGGUGUAUCCCGCGACCGCACCGUCCUCCUUGUUAGAGGCCAAGGACCAACGGCACAGCUUUCGGCAUCCAUUCAGCCGUCCACAGUCACCCGGAACCAGGGCGCGUCGGUGGUGUUUGAAUGCAGUGCCGCGCCAUCCUCUCCAAACAACCGCUUCACCUGGAGCAGAUCCAGCGGAGCCUUGCCCACACGCAGCUUUGUGCUGGAAGGCGGCAACAACCUCUUCCUGUACAGCCUGCAGCCAGCUGACACCGGUACCUAUGUAUGUUCUGUGGUGGCGGAGAACGGAGCAACUGCGUCAGCGCGCGCCUCCUUGACCGUCCCGUUUGGUGAACCAAUCCCCACUGCCCCCGCGCCAAGAGUCACGACACGUCCCCCGCCGCCGACAACACAACUGCGAACAACCCGACCGCCAAUCCGCACCUUCCCGCCGCCGGCACCGACCCGGCCACCGCCGCCGCAGACUCUGCGCUUCCCCGUGAGCGUCGUUCCGACCUCCAGCAUCCGUCGCCCGGGCAACGCCUCGUUCAUGGUGUGCAACUACCGCCUGCCGCCCGGCUACAGCGUGCUCAACAUCCAGUGGUCGCGCGUGGACGGACGCAGGCUGCCGUUCCAGCGCACCAAGCAGUACACGUGCAACUCGGUGCUGUACGUGCACGACUUGAGCCUCGUCGACACCGGUUUCUAUACCUGUCAGGUGACGGCGGUCAGCAGUAUCACGGGGCAGACGGCCAUUAGCGAGGGAAUCGGCAACGUCAGAGUCGUCAAUCUCCGUGUUAGCAUUACACCACCGUUCCACAGCACCUCCGUCGGCGAGCAGAUCACGUACCAGUGCAACGUCAACCGCGACGUGUCCAACGAGGCGCAGUACCAGUGGACGCGCAUGCACGGCAAGGGGAUUCCCCGCACCGCCUCGACCGUCGGCAGUCGGCUGACUCUGCGCGGCCUUCGCGAGGAGGAUACCGGGGAAUACUGCUGCUCUGCUACCGUGGGCAGUGAGACGUCACAAAGCUGUGCUGAGCUGCUCGUUGGCGAGGGCUGCAUCAGGAAAGGCGAGUUCAUGCGGAAGGGCGCGUACGGCUACUUCAACACUAGUGAAGUGCUACGCAAUGCACAAGUUCGACCCGCCGCUGACAUCAUCAUGCUGAUCGACGAGUCGCGCUCCAUGAUCCGUGAACACUCCUGGCUGCAGGACAUCAGCAUUGGCCUGGACUUGGCGCUGAAGGCCAACGGAAUCGGCGUCGACAUUCCCAACCAGUUUGGCCUGGUUGGCUUUGCCAAGGACGACCCCGAGGCGGUGAGGGGACGUGUGUUCCCGAUGUCCGAGUGCGACGGCUCGCUAAUGGGUACCGCCGAGGAGUUCAACAGUGCCCGCGAGAACCUAGCCCUGGAUGGGCGUGAGGAGGAUCUCUACCACGCCAUGGAGCUGGCCCUUGAUCGCUACCCGCUGCGUCCUGGUCAGGCCUGCCAGAUCAUCGGCAUCACGGACGAAGGUCGUACGCCGCAGGACCCCUACAUCAGCUACGACCGCAUCCUGCAGAAGAUGCGCGCCAAGGGCUGCAUGCUGAACGUGGUCGUCAACCAGAAGAUGCAGUCGACGCAGCCGAGCCUCGGCACGGAGGCGCUGGGCGUCAGCUCCAGCAACGACAGCGCCGUGGAGCGACCCGGCGGUGGGUACACCAUCUACCGCAACGCCGGUCGGCCAGUCGUGCAGACAGCCCACGGCAGCACGCACGUCGACUACACGCGACUGGCGUUCGAGCUCGGCGGCGCCGCGUGGGAUCUGAAUCGUCUCAGAGACGGUGGCGACACGGCCGUCGCCUUCACCAAGGCCUUCAUAAACCUCAAGGUGCGCGAGAUCAGCCGACAGAUCUGCGAGCGGUGCUUCUGUGAUCUCGGACCGCGUCCGGACUGCCGGGACGGAUGCCUGGGAGAGCCGCCGGUGGUGUUGAUCAGAGGCUCGAAGAACGUGACGUUCGGCAGCUCUGUUAGCCUGACCUGCGAAUACGUCGGCGGUGAUCCGAUUCCUCGCCUCCGCUGGCAAGGGCCCGGCAACGAACCCGGCGUCGGAUUGCCGCCCAACAGUGCGGUGGCGCCACUGGGAGACUUCAUACAGAUGCGCGUUGACGACGUGCGCUCCUCGUUCUGCGUGGAGUGCAACGGCAGCAACCUGGAGGGCAUAGCCGUGGAGCUGCACUGCGUCGAUGUACUGCAGGAGGCACCAAAAGUCUCCAUCACGGGAACGCACGCUAACCAGCCGGUCACGUUCGGUGCACAGGUGACACUGGAGUGUGUGGCGACGCACGGAAUACCAACACCGGCGCUGCAGUGGCAGAACCGGCCGCAGGGCAGCACGUUCCGCUCCGAGGGCGGCUCCAUCUUCCUGACCAUACCCAGCCUGACGCAGGGCCUGUGCGUGCAGUGCAUCGGCUCCAGCAUCCUGGGACGCGACUCUGCCGUCGAGUGUCUGACAAUACAAGAGGUUGUACCAGAAGUGCUAAUCACCGGUUCUCAUCUCGGAGCGCCCAACAUCGUCAUCGGCACGGCUCUCGACCUCAGCUGCGUGUCCGUCGUCGGAAUUCCCACGCCCACGCUGGUCUGGGAGAUCGAGGGUCGCACUGUGGCGGGCACUACCGGCGAGUCUGGCAACGCCAUCACCUGGUCCGUUCCGUCACUGCUGGAGCGCACCUGUGUCACCUGUGUGGGUUCCAAUUCGGCCGGUAUCGGCCGGCAGACCGUUUGCGUUGAUGUCACAGGCGAGCGUCCAAGAAUCGGCAUAUCUGGGUCAAACAACGGGGCUGAGGUCACGUUUGGCGAGGGUGUAAGUCUUCGUUGUGUACCAGAAGGUGGUGUACCGUUCCCGCAAGUCUCUUGGGGUGGAAAUCUACCGCCAGGUGCCGUGCAGACACGUGAGGGUAACGUAGCUGUGCUGACACUUACCAACCUGCUGGAACGCACGUGUGUUACCUGUAUCGGAACUAACCUCAUUGGUGAUCAGAGAGUAACGGAGUGUAUCAAUGUCGGAGGAGAGAUCCCCAGCGUGGAGAUUCGCGGGAGCGACGUCGGAAGUGAGGUCGUGUUCGGCUCUUCUAUCAAUCUGCAGUGCGUGGCUGUGGGUGGCCGGCCUGAUCCGCAGCUCAGCUGGGAGAACCUGCCACCUGGAACGCUCACGGGCAGCUCCGGCUCCGCGAUCACCAUCCGCGCCGACUCUUUGCCGCUGGGCCGUAACUGUUUCACCUGCGUUGGCAAUAACCUGGCCGGCACCGGCAGAGACGAGCAGUGCAUCACGGUUGUUGGUGAACCUCCGGUGGUCCAGAUCAGCGGUAUCAACGUGAAUCGGCCAAUCCUGGGCACUGAGGUGACGCUGCGCUGCAUUGAAGUGUCUGGCCUGCCCCGCGGCCAACGCUCCUGGGUGGCAGGGCAGAAUGGCCGUCUCCCAGCCGGCGCCACUCAAUCAACUGAGGGCGAUGCCAUAGUGCUGAGGAUACCAAGCAUCGUGGAGAACAUUUGCAUCUCGUGUAUAAGUAGCAACGCAGUCGGCACUGGUCGUGACGAGCAGUGCAUUGACGUCACCAGUGAACGUCCACGUGUCCAGGUGACCAGCAGCAACACCGGACCCAGUGUUGACCUGGGCAGCUCGGUGGAGUUUGUGUGCGUACAGACCCAAGGCAUACCCACACCACAGCUGUCCUGGCGCAAUCCCGCCAGCGGUGGUCUGAAGAGCACACGCGGUGCGGCCAUCGUGGUGAACUUUGCCGACCUGCGUCAACGCGCGUGUGUUACGUGCGUCGGUACCAACCUUGCCGGGGAGGGACUGGACACGAAAUGUGUGGAAGUGCGCUCUCAAGACCCGAAGGUGGAGAUCACCGGCGGUCGGGACGUCAUCAUCGGCUCCGACAUCGAGCUACGCUGCCGGCCGGUCGAGGGCAUCCCCUUCCCGAUUGCGUCCUGGAGUGACAAGCCGCCCAACGGCGCCAUCCUCACUCGUAGUGGCGACGCCGUCGUCAUGUCGCUGUCCAAUGUCCAGCAGCGGACUUGUGUGACGUGCUACGGCACCAGCCUGGCGGGCCGUGUCGCAGAGGAGACCUGCUUUGAUGUGCUGUCGGAGCCUCCGGUCGUAUCCAUCUCGGGCACUAACACUGGCCAGCCGGUGCCGCGUGGCAGCGGUGUGACGCUGAGCUGCACCAUCCAGCAGGGCAUCCCCACACCGCAGCUGCGCUGGGAGGUGGUCGGUGGCGGUGCCCUGCCCCAGAACGCCAUCACCCAGCAGAUCAACGCCAACACCAUCACGCUGCAGCUUCCCUCGUUCCAGGAGGACCUGUGCGUGCGCUGCGUCGGCACCAAUAUCAUUGGUAGCAACACGGCGGAUGAAUGUCUCGAACUAGAUGAAAUUCCCCCAGUGGUGAGGCUGACAGGCUCCAACCAAGGUCAGUCAGUUCAGCAAGGCGACAGCGUGACGCUGCGCUGCGAGCCCGUCGACGGUAAUCCAAACCCCACGCUGACCUGGGAGGCACCUGGGUCCGAGCAGAUCCCCACCACCAUCACGAGGAUCGGCAAUGCGCUUAUCCUCGAGCUGGAACAGGUGUUGCGAGAUUUCUGCGUCAUUUGCCGUGGCACCAACUCUGCCGGCUCUGAUACAGAGGAGAUCUGCGUUCGUGUGGAGCGAGACCGGCCACGAAUCAGCCUGAUCGGCAGCAACAAGGGACAGCCGCUCAACGAAGGCGGUGCCGUGGACUUGAUCUGCAUUCCGAUCGGCGGCUAUCCAAUCCCCACGGUUGUGUUCAGGACGCAGAGUGGCCAGCCGCUGCCUCCGGACGCCAUUGUACUGCCGCGCGGUAAUGGCUCGAUAGCCACCAUUCCCAGCGUGUCCAGGUACAUCUGUGUCGAGUGUGUCGGUACCAACAGCGAGGGAGAAACCGUCGAGCGCAUUUGUCUGGAUAUACUGAGUACAUGCCCUCAUCCGCGCAACACCGGCGAGCGCCUGUUCCACGGCGCCAACACCCGGCGCUACUCGCAAGAGCCGGGCGACAUCCAGAUCAACGUGCCGAGCUCGGCUGUCAUUGCGUUCGUCGUUGACGAGUCCGGAUCCAUGCGCGGCGAGCAUGAGUGGCUGCGCAGCACCGUGGAGGUGUUUGAGAGGAACUUGCAGACGCGCGGCAUCGGCGUCCUAAGACCCAACCAGUACGCCCUGGUCGGCUUUGGCCAUCCGGACAAGAAUGACCCGGCGCGUGAGCGCGGCAAGGUGCUGUUGGGCGACGCGUCGACGUCCGGCUGUCGCGACGCCAGAAGCCUGCGCUCUGCGCUGGGGACGAUGUUUGUGGACGGCCGCUUGGAAGACGGCUACUCGGCCGCCGGCGUAGCAUUGGAGCAGAUCGAGUGCUUGCAGUUCCCACGUCAACCGAAGACCGCCUGCCAGGUGAUCCUGGCCACGGACGAGGGCAGAGACGUGCUGAGCAGCUGGCGCUACCAGUCCAUGCUUGACAUGCUGCGACGCUACGACUGUGUGCUUAACGUGGUGGUGUGGGAGCGCAUGCGCGGCCGUCUCAGCGAGGGCGCCGACUGGCAGCGUGCGCUGGGUGUGUCAGAGACCUCCGGCGCCGUCAUCGCGCGCAACAACGACGAGUUCAUCAUCGUGCCGGAAGGCCGAGCAUUCUCCGAUUCUGGACACGAAGACACUCACGAAGCCUACGUCAAGCUGGCGUUCGACACCGGCGGCGCUGCGUGGGACUUGCAGAUGCUGCGCACGGAGCGCUACCGUCAGUCUUUCACCAACGGCUUCAUCGAAGUCAAGGUACAGGAGAUCAUUCGGCAGAGUCGUGGCGUCUGCGAGGACUGCGUGUGCCGCAACGGGAGCAACGUCUGCCAGCGAUACGGCAGAAACUUUGGCGAGUCGGCGUGCCUCAAUCCCGUUCCCAAUGCCAAUCUGGGAGUGACUGCCACGCCAACACGACAGCUGCUGGAGCCCGGUGCUCAGGCGGAGUUCACGUGCGACGUGAGAUCGUCAGGGAACGUCAGCGUCACCUGGUACCCGCAGACCCCGGAGACGCUGGUGCGCAACAAUCGCCUCAUCAUCACCAACGUUACGGAGACGCGAGACUCGGGCUUGUACACAUGCCGUGCUGUCAACCAGGAGGGCUACAACGAGGCACGCAUACAGCUUACAGUCAGUGCACAGCCCGCGGAGCCGGAUCGGCCGUUCCAGCAGCUCUUGCCCGGCGAGGUGAUCAUCAGCACGUCGCAGCGCACGGCCACCGCCAACCAGGAGAUCCUGGCGCUGACGUGCUGCGUUCGCCGUCAGCCCGGCGACACCAUUGAGUGGUACUACAACUCUGACUCCAGCGGCCAGCUACCACGCCGCGCCGCCAUGAACAGUCGUGACCAGCUUGUCUUCAACCCCAUUCGCCGAGAGCAUGCCGGAGAGUACGAGUGCGUACACAAGACCAGUGGUGGUGCGAACUUCGCCACGGCAAGACUCGCCGAGGUGCGCGGCCAGGUGAUCACACUCGGCCUGCCAACGAACUGCGGCGCUUGAGCGGCUUGGCUGCACGUACUGUGCAUCUCUGUGUGUGUGUGUGUGUGUGUGUGUGUGUGUGUGUAUGCUUGUGCGUGUGUGUUCAUGUGCGUGCAUGUGCGUGUGUGUGCAUGCGUGUGCAUGUGCACAUGUGUGCAGUAUGUAUGGAUGCGCGCAUGUGUGUGGACGAGAGAGAAAGUGAAUUCAGCAAUGCAUACAAGUGCACGCGCAGGCACUGGCAAUCUGUAGGUGCUCGUCUUCCCAUGCUCAUACUCUACUGCCUGCCUGCACUGCCUGCUUCAUACAUGCACGGACGGUACAUUAACAACUUCAACAAACCGGAUGCCAUGAAUGGAACACGAUGAGGAGUUGACAUCGGGCGAGACACACAUGCAAAAAUAUUAACCUGUCCUAGCACACACGCACUGUAACACAGUCCUCUCUCUCGAUACACUGCAAAUAGCACAGUUGUUGCCGGUGUACAAAUAAGCAUCUAGCCUCCACUUGACAGGAUGUCCUCUUCACGAGUAGCUACUUCUCAUUGCUAUCCUGACGGCUAACGUUAGCUUAGCUCCCAUUUGCUGCCAAGUCCCGCUGGCUUGCUCCAGUUUAAUGUUGCACAUUAUUCUUCGACGCCGCCGUACAUGUGAAAUCUGCAUUCCCUGCAUUACCUGUACACGGCCGGGUCACCUGUGGUCCGUGUUUCUUCUCUAAGCAACAGGCUCUUGCACCGGAUCAACCUCCGGUUAAUCGUGUUGUGCAAUGCUAUCCACUCGUACAUGCAUAUGCAUACAAACAACCUUUUUUUCUUUCUGCUCCCACGCAUUCCAAGCCUAUGCAUGUGCUCUGCUUACUUGGCCUAGCUGCUUGACAUGGCAUAGUGCACUAACAAGGGACCCUGCAGUGGUUACUGGCCAUAGCGCAAUAUACGGUGGAA